GGAAUGCAUACUCUCAUUCGUGAUGCUAAGGCAACAAAGCAUGACUUUGCCUUCUACUCAGAUCGUCUAAUUAGAUUGGUUGUCGAACAUGGAUUGGGUCACCUUCCUUUUUCUGAAAAGCAGGUGAUAACUCCAACAGGAUCUGUAUAUUCUGGUGUUGUUUUCUGUAGUAGGUUGUGUGGAGUUUCAGUAAUUAGAAGUGGAGAAAGCAUGGAAAAUGCAUUAAGAGCAUGUUGUAAAGGAAUCAAGAUUGGUAAAAUCCUUAUUCAUGGACAUGGCACAAAUGGUCGACAGUUAGUAUAUGAGAAGCUGCCAAAAGACAUUGCAAGUCGUCAUGUUUUGUUACUCGAUCCGGUUCUGGCUACAGGAAACUCUGCAGUGAAAGCUAUCUCUCUACUUCUGAAGAAAGGUGUACCAGAAUCUAAUAUCAUAUUUCUAAACUUAGUAGCAGCACCACAAGGAAUAAAUGCAGUGUGUGAGAGAUUUCCACUGAUAAAACUUGUGACAUCAGAGAUUGAUCAAUCACUCAAUGAGAAUUCUCAUGUCAUCCCUGGCUUAGGGGAGUUUGCUGAUCGUUACUUUGCCACUGAUGAUUAG